AUGUCGUCCAGUAGAUCAAAAUCCUCUAUUCUAGACAAACCCCUAAGCAAAGGAAAAGGGGAAGUUUCGCUAGCGCUAUACGCCCUUUUGUUUUCAGAAAUUGUUCAAUAUUGCCAAAAUAGAUCACAUUCUAUUCAUGAACUGCAGACAAAAUUAUCAGAAAUGGGCCAUGAUGUUGGAACUAGACUGCUUGAUUUAUAUUUCGUAAGGGAACGAAACAGCAAGAGGGAAAUUAAACUUCUCAACAUGCUGCUAUUUGUGAAAUCUACUCUCUGGAAGGUAUUAUUUGGAAAAGAGGCAGACAAAUUAGAACAUGCAAAUGAUGAUGAGAGAACUUAUUAUAUAAUUGAGAAAGAUGCUUUAGUUAAUAAAUUCAUAAGUGUACCUAAAGAUAAAGGCUCCCUUAAUUGUGCUUCAUUUAAUGCUGGAAUUAUAGAAGCUGUACUAACUAAUGGAGGAUUUCCAGCAAAAGUAACAGCGCAUUGGCACAAAGGCACCACAUACAUGGUCAAGUUUGAAGAUUUUGUUAUAACUAGAGAUAAAUGUUUAGAUGAUCGA